UGAAGCGCCGCCCCAGUGAAGAUGGCAGCCGAGCUGCAUCCGCGCAGCGGAAAACUCAUUGGGCUGUCCAACUCGAACCGCACGGCGCAGCGAAAUCAGCCGGUUCAGGAGUUUAAUCACGGUCUGGUGCUUAGCCGGGAGCCGCUGCGGGACCGCGAUGUCUUUACGGUUCGGAUUGACAAGAAGGUGAACUCGUGGAGCGGCUCUAUAGAGAUCGGUGUGACGGCGCUGGACCCGGCCGCUCUCGACUUCCCAAGCAGUGCAACGGGGCUGAAGGGCGGCUCGUGGAUCGUGUCUGGCUGCUCCGUGCUGAAGGACGGCCGCUCGGUGCUGGAGGAGUACGGGCGUGACCUGGACCAGCUGGGCGAGGGCGACCGCGUUGGGAUCCAGCGGAACGGUCGGGGAGAGCUGCACCUGUGGGUGAACGGGCAGGACUGCGGUCCGGCGGCCAGCGGCCUGCCCUCGCGACUGUGGGCUGUCGUGGACCUCUACGGCAAAUGCACUCAGGUCACUGUGGUCAGCUGUGAGCCUCCGCCGGACACAGAGACUGAAGAUCGGGAGGAGGUACAGGAAGGAGAAGCCAACAGGGCGGGGUCUGCGUCUCCAGCUGCUCUCAUGCCGGAUCAUGAGGACCGCUCAGGGGGCGUGGUUUUACCCGCGGUUCCUGCUAUAGCUGCUGUGAUGAACAACUCGGCUGAGGACGCGCAUGAAGUUACACGAGGACAUGGGCACGGCCGACCGGACAAAUUCCCAAAUAACUUCGAUCCAGAUACUGUCCUCACGGAGCACCAGUUAUUUGACGUGUUUAACAACGCCAUCGUGUCACUGUAUCGUUCGGAGGACGAGGGCGGAGAGGACUCGGGUUUAGGAGGAGCAGGUGGUUCAGGAGGAAGUUCAGACUCCUCCAGAGGAGGGACAGGAAGCAGUAAUGGAUCCCGGGGAGCAGGAGGACCUGAGAACGGUGUCGGAGGUCGUGCAGAGGGCGGGGGUGGCAACAAUAACAGCCCGUCAGGAAACGGAGGAGGAGGCAGUGGGGCGGGGACGGCGGUAAGCAACAGUGGGAUGACCACCAAUGAUGCGCUGCUGUUCCAUGAGAAGUGUGGCACGCUGAUUAAACUGAGCAACAAUAACAAGACGGCUGAGAGGAGGAGACCGCUGGAUGAGUUCAACAACGGCGUGGUCAUGACCAACCGCCCACUCAGGCACAACGAGAUGUUCGAGAUUCGUAUCGAUAAACUGGUGGAUAAAUGGUCCGGAUCUAUUGAGAUCGGAGUGACGACCCACAACCCGAACAAUCUGGACUAUCCUGCAACGAUGACCAACUUGCGCUCAGGCACCAUCAUGAUGAGCGGCUGUGGGAUUUUGACCAAUGGCAAGGGCACACGUAGGGAGUACUGUGAAUUCAGCCUGGACGAGCUCCAGGAAGGGGAUCAUAUCGGGUUGAUGAGGAAAGCCAGUGGUGCUUUACACUUCUACAUCAAUGGCAUAGAUCAAGGCGUGGCUGCUAACCAGACCCCGGGUGUGGUGUACGGUGUCGUGGACCUCUACGGCAUGGCAGUAAAAGUCACCAUUGUCCACAAUCACAACCACAGCGACCGUUUACGCCGCAACAACGCCAUCAUGAGAGCUCUGUCACCUGAUGUAGGCCGAUCCCGACCCGCCCUCUCGCUCACUCCCGACCCUGAAGCCCCGGACCGGCUACUCUUCCACCCCAACUGCGGGCAGAAAGCAGCCAUCAUCGGCGACGGCAGGACGGCACUGCGGCCUCAUGCGACAGACGACUUUAAUCACGGAGUCGUGCUCAGCAACCGCCCGCUGCACUCCAACGAAGUGUUCCAGGUGCGCAUCGACAAAAUGGUGGACAAGUGGGCGGGGUCUAUUGAGAUUGGCGUUACUACGCAUAACCCCGCCUACCUACAGCUGCCAUCCACCAUGACCAACCUGCGCUCAGGGACGUGGAUGAUGACGGGGAACGGCGUAAUGCACAACGGAACCACAAUACUAGAUGAGUACGGACACAACCUGGACCGACUCAAAGCUGGAGACACUGUUGGUGUGGUGCGGAAGGAUGAUGGCAGCCUGCACUUCUUUGUGAACGGUGUUCCUCAGGGGCCAGCAGCCUGGAACGUGCCACCCAGUGUUUAUGCCGUAGUGGACCUGUACGGUCAGGCGGCUCAGGCAACCAUCAUGGACGACAUGGCCGAUCUUCCUCCUCUCCCAGAUGAUAGCUCGGAGGGUCCGAUCGCCAUGUCCCCCGGCAGCCCGUGUUCUGUCACUGGGGUCAGUGCAGCCAGCGACCUGCGCUUCCAUCAGCUGCAUGGCACCAACGCCGUAAUCACCAACGGUGGCCGCACAGCGCUCCGUCAGAACUGCCGCAGCGAAUUCAACGACGCCAUCGUCAUCUCCAACAGGUGCCUUCGCGAUGGUGAGUUGUUUGAGAUUGUGAUUCAGAAGAUGGUGGACCGCUGGUCAGGCUCAAUAGAGGCAGGAGUGACUGCGAUCAGACCAGAGGAACUGGAGUUCCCCAACACUAUGACUGAUAUCGAUUACGAUACCUGGAUGCUGAGCGGCACAGCCAUCAUGCAGGACGGGAAUACCAUGAGGAAUAACUAUGGAUGUGAUCUGGACUCCCUGGGGACGGGCUCCAGGAUUGGAAUGAUGCGUUCAGCCUCCGGAGAUCUCCACUACUACAUAAACGGUGUGGACCAGGGCGUGGCCUGUACCGGAUUACCACCUGAUGUGUAUGCUGUGAUUGAUCUGUAUGGUCAGUGUGUUCAGGUGACCAUCACCAGCUCAUCUGGUCCUCUUGACAACAGCCUGUGCACCAGUAACAUCACAGAGAAGAGUUUCCCAAUACACUCCCCAGUGGCAGGAGUGGCCCAUCGUCUGCACAGUGAACACGGGAAGAAUGUGGUGUUGUUGGGAGACGGCUGUCAGGCCGUCAGGGUGGCAGGAUAUUCUCACGGCAUCGUAUUCAGUGCCAAGGAGCUCAAGACGGAUGAGCUGUUUGAGGUGAAGAUUAACGAGGUGGAUGAGCAGUGGUCCGGGUCGCUCCACAUCGGCUUGACUACCAUGCAGCCCCCAGACCUGCCCUCCUGCCCCCUCAGUGGCCUGUCACCCUCCCUCACUCAGCUCAGGUCAAAGGUCACCUGGCUGCUCGCUGGGUCAGAGGUCAGACGCAACGGUGUGCUGCAGAGACAAAACUUCGGCUGCUCCCUCGACCGACUGACGGUGGGGAACCGUGUAGGUGUGAAGAGAUGCAGUGACGACACAAUGCACGUCUUCAUCGAUGGAGAGGACAUGGGACCUGCAGCUACAGCUGUGGCUAAGAAUGUGUAUGCAGUGCUGGACCUAUACGGGAAGGUGACGGCCGUGUCCAUCGUCAGCUCCACACUGGUGGAGGACACGGACAGUGUGAAGGCUCCAUCGCUGUCCUCUGACAGCUGCAGUGACGGAGAGGACGAGUCCACACCGGUCAGUCAGGGACUUGGGACUGAACUCAACAUGCUUCAUUACCUCAUUCUGUUCUGUUCUCAUCUUUGUGUCUUCUGUCUGCUCCAGUGUGAGAGCGAGCCUGCCAUGGUUCCCAUGGCAAUGGCCUUUCUGGAGAAUCAUGGGAAGAACAUCCAGCUGUCCAAUCAGAACCUAACAGCUGCUCGGGUGUGCAGUUAUAACCAGGGCCUGCUGGUCACAGCGCACGCUCUGCCACGCCAGCAGCUCUUCCAGUUUCAGAUAGACAGAUUGAACACGUCGUGGACGUCGUCUCUGUCUCUGGGUGUGAUAGGUCACUCUCCAGAUCGCCUCAACUUCCCCUCCACGGCCUGCUGCCUUAAACGCUCCGUCUGGCUGCUGCAGCGAGACUCUGUCUUCCACAACUCACUGAAGAUCUGUGAGAACUAUGGGCCAAACUUGGACACGUGUCCUGAGGGGACAGUGUUGGGUCUGCUGGUGGACGCUAACGGCUGUCUCCACCUGUAUGUGAACGGGAUGGACCAGGGCGUGGCAGCGCAAGACAUCCCGAGCCCCUGUUACCCGCUAAUGGACUUGUACGGCCAGUGUGAACAGGUUACCAUAGUAACCAGCCACAUGGAGGCCGUGGGGGUGGAGGGCGGAGACGCGUGCUGCCAAGGCGACAUGGAGAAGGCGGACAUGGUGGACGGAGUAAAGGAGAGCGUGUGCUGGACACCACCUCCUGAGGUGAACCCCAAUAAGACGUGCGAGUACCAGGCUCUGUGCUCCAGAUUUAAAGACCUGCUCACAUUGCCUGAUGGUUACUUCAAUGAGGAUGCUAAAUAUAACCUGUGUUACUGCGAGUCCUGCCAUAAGCUGCGUGGCGAUGAGGCUUACUACAAGCGUGGUGAGCCGCCCCGGGACUACGCCCUGCCCUUCGGCUGGUGCCGCUUCGCCCUGCGAAUAAAGCCGCACUGUGAAGUCACAAACACCUAUAAGAAGUGGCACAUUGCAUACCAUGGGACGAGUGUAGGUUCUCUACGCCGCACGCUGGAUCACAGCCAGCUUCUGCCAGAUGCGUCGCCCGUGUUCUCUGCGUCCCCAGUGAAGGUUGAAUGUCACGGUAGCUACAGUGAGCCAGAGGAGAACAGCGCCCCCGAGAGGGAGAUCCCCCGCGUGCACCUCUCCCCCACCAUGCGUUACUCUGGCCUCGAGGUCUUCGCCCCUAAAGUGCAAUUCCGGGACCCUCGCUCGCUGCGCUGUCAUCACGCCCAGGUGGGCUUCCAGGUGUGCGUGCGUCCGGGAUCCUACAAGGUCGGACCCCAGUCUCUGGGCCUCAGCGAUCCGCUGGACCCCAGGUUCAACAACACGGAGAUCGAGUGGAUCACCAAGGAGAAAGGAGGAACCCUGCUGUAUGGCCUGCUCAUCCGUGUGGAGUGAGAGAGAGAGAGAGGGAGAGGGAGAGAGAGAGUUCACUCAGGCUUCAGAGGAAUGAAGUUCAACUCUGUUCUCUCUGUCCAUUUUUUUUAUUUGAACAUGGUCUUUUUCUGGGAGACACUUCCUGCACUCUGUUUCGGACCCUAGCAGGUGGUUUCUCUCUCUCUCUCUCUCUCUCUCUCUCUCUCUCUAUCGCUCACUAUGUAUUUAUCUACCUGUAUCUCUUUAUCAUUCAGUUUCUCUUUGUCACAUUCAUUCUUUUUUUUUCUCUCUCUCUCUCGCUGUCUGUGAUUCAGUUUGUCACUCCUUUCUUUCUAUAUCUCUGUCCAUCUCUAUCUCUUUCUUUCUUUCUUUCUUUCUUUCUUUCUUUCUUUCUUUCUUUCUUUCAAUAUCUGUCCAUCUCUCUCUCCCUCCCUGUAUCUAUCAGAGAAGGUUGGACUCCAGUCAUCUCCUCAUAGCACAGCCCUCAAUCCUGUGAGAAUUUUCUUCUUUGGGGUGGAAAAAAACAAACAGAAUCGAACCCCUCCUUUUGGUAAGAGACACAUCACCGAAUCCCCUGGAGCUCCACAUGGACCUGUCAGGAGGGAAAAUCAUGUGAAGAGACCUGAAGAGACCCGAUGCUCAGUGUGGGGUUCGGGUCGUUGUUUGUGUUCCACUUUACACGAGAGAAUAUUUUACUGUAAAUUUCCACAGUGUUACAUUUUUACUCCUCAGUCCUGUUUAACAAAAACGAUCAAGUCCUCUCUCGUGAUUCUCCGCUUGUGUAGAGUGGAACUUGUCCCCCCCCUCCCCCCCAUCCUUUCCUCCGGAGAAAACCCCAAUUCUGCUCGUUAAUUGAAUCUACGUCAGAACUGGAACGAAACGCGAUACCUCUCGGACCGAAAGCUAAUUUAUCUGUUUGAUUUGAGAAAACAUCUCAAGGUGCAAAGACAGAGCUUUUACAAGAGUUAGGAUUUCCCAUCUCAGUGUGAGUAAGAAAUAUAAAUUCUUUCUGCUCAUAAAUAUUUACCCCACACACUCCAGUGUUCUGAACCUGUUGAGUGUAAAAUCUUUGAAGAAAAGCAUCGAUCCUGUCACAAAGUAUUUUGGGAAAUGAAGUUUCAGAUGUUUUGAGUUUACACUGGGUUUAUCUUUUUUUUUUUUUUUUUUUAAAGAAUGUUUACGGUCACUUGCACAGGUUCAAGUGUUUUUUGUUUUUGUUUUUUUUUAUAUAGUGUCAUUCAAUUUCGAGGUUUUUUUUUUUUUCUCUCCAAAAAUUAUAGCUCUCAUAAAAUAAAUAAAUGAAUAACAGAUUUUUGUUGCCAAUUUGAAACUACUUGAGUGGACAGUUUCCACCCACCCUGUCGCCAAGGGCCAUGUCUGAGCAUAUGCUUGCUUUGAAACUGAAAUGUGAAAAAAAACACUCUCUCUCUCUCUCUCUCUCUCUCUCUCUCUCUCUCUCGGUUCAUGUUGGCCCAUUUGCUGCUUUUGUUGUUUUGUUAUUGUGUUUCUGGGUUUUUUUCCCCCAGUCAUUACUUUGUGUUAUUUGUUCAUCCUAUUUGUAUUACAUUACGUUGUACAGGCUGUUACACAACACUAAAAUUAUCUUCCUGCUUUGUAAGAAAAUAAAAAUGUAUAUUAAAAAA